UUUUCUUGCUAUACCGAGUGUUCCCACAUGCUUAAAGCUACGAUCAUUCGUGCUGGCUGAAUAGUGUACUUUAAAACUGACAAAAUGUGUGUUUGUAAUGUUGACAAUUAGUUGAUUACACUUUAUCAAAAGCGUUUAUAUAAUAUGUGUACUUGUAUCUCCAUGAGCUUCACAAGUAUUAAUAAUAAUAAAAAAAAUAGUGAAUCUCCAGUUUUUGAACGUCUCAGGAAGCUAGCUGGUAAAAAGCUCGAAGCACUUCGUUUUGAAAUCGUGUUUAUGCUCGAACAACAUAUGCUAAGGGCUUCAAGAGAUCCAUGGGCAAGUCCAAUCCAUCUCGCACCUAAAAAAACUGAUGGAUGACGUGUUCGUGGGGACUACAGAAAAUUAAAUGUUAAAACAACAUCUGUUAGAUAUCCAUUACUACUGCUUCAAGACUUGUUUCAGCGUCUUCAAGGAAAAAAAGUAUUCUCAACUUUGGAUUUAGUAAGAACGUAUCAUCAGAUUCCCACGGCAGAACAAGACAUCCAAAAAACUGCAUGUAUGUUAUUAUGCCAUUCGGGAUACGCAAUGCAUCACAAGGCACUCAAUUCGAGUCAGCCCUCUUCACUUCAACAGCAAGUUUAGUUGGCGCUUUAUGUAUUAGAACAACUCCAUGACAUCCAGCUACCAAUGGAAUGGUAGAGCGCAUGCAUCAAACUCUAAAAGCAGCUCUCAUGAGUCAUCCACAAAUUCCUUAAACUCGGCGUCUAUCAACUGUGCUCCUGGGACUUCGCACGUGUAUUAAAGAAGAUUUAAAAGUCUCACCAGCAAAAUUAUUGUACGGUAAAACGCUGUAUGUUCCUGAAGAAUUUUUCGUAAAUCAGGACAUGCCAACAGAUCCACAAAAACUGAGUACAUGAGAAGCAUCAUACCAACUCCUACUGCUCAUCAUAUGAAAGGUCGAGUCUUCAUACUUAAAGACCUACACAACUGUUCACAUGUGUUCCUAAGAGUUGAUGGAGUAAAAAAACCACUCGAACCACCGUACUUCAGACCAUACCAAGUGAUUUAAUGAGUCAAUGACACAGUGUUUAAAAUUAAUGUCAAUGUCUAUAGAAAGACUUAAACCCGAUUAUGAAGCAAAGAACGACGUCACUACCUCAGGCCAAGGCGAUGUGCCUGAAACACCAAUUCCACAACAAUGGGACUCCGGUAUGGACCAACUUAAAACGUACACCAGGAAGAAGAAAAUAUUGUUCCCGAGUGAAUGCACUAGGUCACUAGGGAGGGAGUGAUGUGGCCAUUCUGCACAAACUUCUGCUGCCAACCGCUAGAGGCGCAAGUGUGCGUGAGCAGGUGGUAGCAAUGAAAAUGCAAGUAGCCAACAGACAAAAGAGAUAGACAGUUGAUAUCACGCAACAGUUGCAGUUCUAAAAAUAUUUAUAAAUUGUUAUUUGUUAGUUGCCAUUUGUAUUAGUGAAGGUUUAAUAAAUAUUAUAAUUAGUUUAAACAGUUGUUCCUGCUUUUCAAUAGAUAGCCCAAAGUAUCUAUAACUUAUCAAAUUAUAACUACGCCAACAAUAAGUUAUCGUUGUCAAACCAGGCAACACUCUAUUACCUACAAAUUCAGCACUUAUUUCUGUUACACCCUGUAUAUAUCUUAUCUAUGCGAGGAACAAUCAAAAAGAGCUCGAACUAUGUCCAUAGAUAGUAGAACUAUGUCAUAUAGAACAGUGUACUGACAGCCAUAAAUGCUUCGCCGCUCGAUGAUUAAAUUUUAAUUAUACUGUGCGCGUGUAAGGGAUAGGUUUCCAUAAUUGUAGAAAAUAAUAAUAAAUGAUCUUACACGAACACUACAAACUUUAUUUUAAUUUAACAGUUAACAAGCGCGAGAGAAUACAGCAGAUAAAUGGCGGAACAACUAGUAGUAGACUAUAUCGAUUAUUUUUUACGCGCCACGUUUUAAGACUCCAGAGUGACUAAGACCAUAGACUAGUGUAGACUUGACAAGCCCGCGACAACCAACGUCAUAGAAGUUAGAUGUUCUAUGACCAUAGACAUAACAUGAUACACUACAAUACAAUUAGAAUAGAUAGAUAGGGCCAAAAAGACAAGCCAACAGUUAGCUUUUCUUACCGUAGUUCUAUGACCUCAAGCAUACCCCUCAAAAAGGACAUCAAUAAAACAUCGUCAGAUCAGUAAGAUGCACGUAUUGUAUUUGCUCAAGAACGUCGAAAAUAUGUCAGAAGUGGAAAUAAUUGAAUCUGCGAAGACCAUCGGUUCCAACGAACUCGAUGUACAAUGUGACAUUCUUAAACAACACAUACACAGAAAGCUAUACAAAUGCGAAGCCUGCAAAAAAGGCUUCACACGAAGGGGCCAUUUGCUUGAUCACUUAAGAACCCAUUCGGGUGAAAAGCCGUUUAUAUGCGAAGUUUGCAAAAAAAGCUUCACACUAAAGGUUUCCCUAAAAAUUCACAUGAGAACCCAUUCGGGUGAGAAGCCAUUCAAGUGCAAUAUCUGCGAAACAAGCUUCUCUCAUAAGAACAGUUGGAAUCGACACAUGGCAAACCAUUCUGGUGAAAAGCCAUUCAAAUGUGGUAUCUGCGAAACAUGCUUCUCUCAUAAGAGUACUUUGAAUCAACAUAUGAAUGUCCAUUCUGGCGACAAGCCAUUCAAAUGCGAAGCCUGCAAAAAAAGCUUCAAUCAAAAGUGUAAUUUAAAUGCUCACAUGAAAGGACAUUUGCUUGAAAAACCAUUCAAAUGUGAAACCUGCAAAAACAGCUUCACUCGGAAGCGCAGUUUGAUUCAACACAUGCAAACCCAUUUGAACGAGAAGUUCAAAUGCGAAGUCUGUAAAAAGAGCUUCACACGAAAGCUAUAUUUACAUGAUCACAUGAAAACCCACCCGGGCGUGAAACCAUUUAAAUGCGAAGCCUGCAAAAGGAGCUUCGCACGAGAAGUUUAUUUAAAUGUUCAUAAGAAAGCCCAUUCGAACGAUAAACCGUUCAAAUGCGGUAUCUGUGAAACAUGCUUCACUCAAAAGAGUUCUUUGAAUAAGCAUAUGCAAAUUCAUUUGGACGAGAAGCCAUUCAAAUGUGAAAUCUGCAGGAAAAGCUUCACACGAAAAGUUUAUUUAAAUGUUCACAUGAAAACCCAUUCGAGUGAGAAACCGUUCAAAUGCAGUAUUUGCGAAACAUGCUUCACUCACAAAAACACUUUAAAUAAUCACAUGCAAACCCAUUUAGGCAUAAGGCGGUUCAAAUGCGAAACCUGCAAAAAAAGCUUCACACAAAAGAUACAUUUACAUGAUCACAUGAAAACCCAUUCAGUCGAUAAGCCCUACAAAUGCAGUAUCUGCGAAAAAUGCUUUUCUCUGAAGAGCUAUUUAUAUAAACACAUGCGAACCCACAUAGACAGUGAAUCAUUCAAAUGUGAUCAUAUAAAUGGAACUACUAAUGCUGUAGACGAAGACAAGGGAUCUGUCGAACUGACUGAAAUGAUUAAACUCAAAUAUCAGAAAGUAACAAAAAGUUAUCAGAAGAUUAGCAAACGUUUAACUAACAUCGGUGAGCCGUUAACAAUAAAACCUGCCGAGCCUGUUGCAAAAAAGGAGGAAGAAGGAAGGUUUACCACUGCUUAUGAACCAUUUGUUGGUUAUGAGCAAAAACCUAUCGAAUUAAGUGAAAUUAGAGUACCUGUUUUUUAUGAAAAGGAACCUAUCGAAUUUAGUGAAAUUAUUAUACCUAAAGAAGAACCCAAGGAUGAGUAUUUUGAAAAUGUCAAAAAUUUCAUCGUACCUUUUCCAGAAGUCCAUGAAAACACUAAGGCAUUUACCCUUAAAGAAGAACCUACAGAGUUCUAACAAAUAAAACAUGUAGCAUUUCCAAAUGAUUAUUUAGACUUAAUAGAAAAGCAGAUUUUUGCAAAUAUACUAGUGUUACUAGUCAACCAGCACAUUAUUAAAUUUAUUAUAUCUCAAUUGCACUAUUCUACGCAGGUAUUGGUUUAGAAUUAACCUGUUUUAAAAGUUGGUACAGCAGGCUUUGUAUCGAAUAAUGUAAAAUGUUUACAAUAAAUUGUAACCGAAUAUUGUUAAGAAAUAUCAUUAUAAAAUUUCUACAUUUUAUUAUUUGUGUUCUUUAUUUUCUAAGGAUAGUUUCUCUAAAUUAACUUUCACUUUAUAAGAACCAUCAUCCUCGUGUAGAGCUGCGGUUGAGGAUGUAACGCUUACUAUAUUACGUAAUUACGUUAUAAUUAUCUAAUUAUUUCAAAACUGGACAGCACAGAUCCAUCAUCAUAAAGUUGUCAGUCCUAAGACUGGUUGGAU